UACUUACUACCAUCCAAAACAAUAAACCUGACAGAGAUGCGUGGAGGAGCAAUCAUUCAAUCAUUACCAUCUCACAGCUCAACAACUUCUCAUUGUGACACAAACACGAUGUCGAAUUCUGGAGGUCGUAGGCUGAAGCAGUGGCUUAUUGAGCAGAUCCAGAGUGGACAAUACUCUGGGCUCAUGUGGGAAGAUGGAAACCGAAUCAUGUUCCGAAUUCCGUGGAAACACGCAGGGAAACAGGAUUACAACCAAGAAAUAGACGCAUCUAUUUUUAAGGCAUGGGCCGUGUUUAAAGGCAAAUUCAAGGAAGGCGACAAGGCAGAACCUGCAACUUGGAAGACCAGACUGCGCUGUGCGCUUAAUAAAAGCCCUGACUUUGAAGAGGUGACAGAAAGAUCUCAGCUGGACAUCUCGGAGCCUUAUAAAGUCUACCGAAUCGUACCAGACGAUGAGCAGAAACAUGGAAGGAGCUCAGUGAUGGCGGUAGCUGCUUCCAACAGCUCUGGCGACAUGACUGACAUGGACUGCAGCCCUCCUGACAUCGAGGGCCUCAUCAAAGAGGAAGAAGGCUGCAGGAUGCAGGCCAGUCCAGAGUAUUGGCCGCAGACUAGUGCCAGUGCCUUUUCAAUGCAUCACAACCCCUUACCUACUGGCACGCUCAGCUCAGCUUUCUCUCAAAUGAUGGUCUUAUUCUACUAUGGAGGAAAGCUGAUGGACAACACACUGGUGAAUCACCCCGAGGGCUGUCGCCUCUCCCCGGCCCAGCACCACCCGGGUCGCGGCACCCCAUACAGCUCCGACAGCAUGCAGAGCGUUUACUUCCCCCCGGCUGAACUCAUCGAGUUUGAACGGCAACGCCAAGUCACCCACAAGUUGCUGGGCCACUUGGAGCGAGGGCUCCUGCUGCGGGCCAAUCAGGAGGGUAUUUUCAUCAAGAGGCUAUGCCAGAGCAGAGUCUUCUGGAGUGGACUGGCCGAUGUGGGCUUGCAUUAUAGCCCCGUGCCUUGUAAACUGGAGAGGGAUGCAGUGGUGAAGAUUUUUGAUACUGGCAAGUUCCUUCACGCUCUGCAGCUGCACCAGGAAGGUCAGAUUCCAGCUCCCGAUCCAACUGUGACUUUGUGUUUCGGAGAGGAGCUUCAUGAUCUCAGCACUGCCAAGAAUAGGCUGAUAAUUGUGCAGAUCACGAUGGUGAAGUGUCAGCAACUGCUCGAGGCGGUGAAUUUACGCCGCUCGCAGCCGUUUUGCACCAACAUGGAGCAGUACGACGACAUCUCAGCAGAGCAGAUGGCCAACAUCUAUCAGGACUUGUGCAGCUACAGUGGACCUCAGAGGUCCACCUGCUACAGGGAGAAUAUGCCCAUCACUGCUUGAGGAGGCUGUGCCAGAGCGCUCUUUUUUUUUUGGAUCAUAUUCUCAGACCGAAGUUUCUUCUCAAUGCCAAGAAUGUCCAUAUUUUUGUAUUAUAUACAAGAAAUGUUGUGAAGACUUAAUAUGCCAACCCUCCUCUUAAUUAUUCCACAAUAGAGUGAGAGAAGAACAUGUAAACUGGCACUCACUGACCGUAGAAUUUGAUACACCUUUUUCAAUCUAACGAGACACAAUAGAUCAUAACUUUUUUUUUUAACUCAACUCAACUGGAGCACUUAAAAACAACCUGCUGAAAAAUAAGCAAAUAAAAUCAAGCACACAUGAAAAUAAUCAUAAUAAUUAUUCUAAUAUAAGGAGCAAUAAUAAAAUGUUCACUUUCAAUUGUAAUUGACAUUAUUUCUUUAUACUAAGAUUUAAAUGGUUGUUUCUUUAGGUCUUUUAAUUUUCUCCACAAAUAUUUUUCUCACAUAUACACAAAAAAAUGGGUAAAGAACAAACGUGUUCUUUACUCAGUGAAGAAAUUUCCGGGUACUUGUCAUGCAUCGAAUGUAAAUAGGAAAUUUCUUGACUGACCGAAUAUCUGCUUUAUCUUUUUUGUCUAAUUUUAUUACUUUGAUUUCGUUAUGGAUGGCAUAUUAGAGAUGGGUUUUACUAUCGUCAUGUGCUUGUAUCUCCUUUUUAUGAUGAUGUUUUUUUAUUAAAAUCAUAUUUUCAAUUAA